AUUUGACGUUGCGCCAAGCUCAUCCUUCCUUACGGACCAUGGAACCGCUCUUGCACUUGUUUGACAACGAAGCCGACGACGUCAACCUGUCGCCUGACCAAGCGCGCGACGUUUUCAAGCUCCUCGGCCUCGACCUCACGGAAGCGCAGAUCAAGCAGCUCGACGACGUCCCUCUAGAUGAGUUUAUGCGCACCCUCGAAGCGCAGACGGCGACGACCACGAUCGAGGUCUCGGAAGUCGAGCCCAAGGAAGAAGCAACGAUCUCGUACAACCAGCUGCACGAGUUUCUCCGCUCGUGCAAUCUGGACGUGCCGCAAGAGUCGAUCCUCGAGUUCCUCGCGCAGCAGUCCAACUCGACCAUCACCGAGGCGGAUCCGCUGGUCUUCGACAAGGAAGGGUUUGCGCGCUUCCUUGAGCAGCUGACGCCGUCUCCGUCGGCGUCGCCGGCGCCGAGCCCGGCCAAGCCAAUCAACCCGCGCGCCACCCAGAAGAAAUCCAAGUCCAAGGCGCGCCGCCGCCACCGUGCGCCGUAGACAAUUAUGUUCAAUAGUAUGUAGACUGACUACAAACUUUUUACGUUGCACGCUCAUGCAAGAACGCGUCAUGGUCCG